CGCAUACACACUCGUUCUCAAUUCUAUUGCAUUCGUCACUCUGCCUGAUUUUCAAUGCCUACUUACGUCAAUGGAUCCAUCUUAACGAUGGUUAGGCAUGUCAAACCCACGGGCCCGGAAGAAUGCGGAUCUCGAGGCGGCCGUUGAGUCGUCUCCCGCGUGUCCAACACAGCAACACGAUUUCUGUCAUCCAUCAACGCCCAACAGCUUUCACGCUCUCCCUACAUGAGCACAACCCUGUCACCUCUUUCCGACACAUCUGACACCGAGUCUGCUUAUUCUGAACACAACGACACCUCUGAGGACCACUUGGUGGUCAGAGAGGGACCUGUGAUUGUCAAGAAAGAUGGAAUGCUGACAGCCCGCGGAUGGUUUUGGCGGUCGCGGUGGUUGGUCCUCGGGAAAACCUCUCUGGAGUUUCGAAAAUCGAAUACUUCCGAUCGAAAGCUCAGCAAAGUGAUACCCCUACUCGACGUCAAGGAUAUGAGACGAAGCAAAUUGAAGGCAUUCUGCUUAUUGCUCGAGCUGAAACAUCAAAAUUCGAUCUGGCUGUCCUUUCAGACUGGGGAGGAACUUGAUGCCUGGCAAGACGACAUAUACAUUCGCCUUCCCUUCAUCAAUGUCGGCCGUCCCAGCAGCUUUGUACACAACAUCCACGUUCGUUUCGAUUCAACGCGGGGCGUCUUCGAGGGUUUACCUGAAGCUUGGAAGCCGCAGUCAUCUUUCCAGAUCGUCGAACGGCUGGAUGAGAUUGCUCCUAUCGUUGAAGACAUUCCGGAGACGCCUAUUUCUGCUCUGUCUGUCUCCGAACUGGGAGGAGCCAUAGUCAAAACACCUCCUGCUAGCGACGCAAGCAAAGAAAUCCCAUUCCAAGCUCAGCAGCGUACUGGUCGCAUGCGGUCGGCAUCCUCUCCAGCUCAAAAUUGUCUUCGUCAGAACGAGAUGCCAGAUGCAAAACGCCGAUCGACUUGGAAUCUUUCGGGCUAUGAUGAGGCGGUGGUCGCUGUCUUGGAGAGUCGCAUCACUCGUGACCUCAUUUUGAAGGCAGCUCUAGAAGAACACGAAUACAAGUUGGCUAGACAUGUCUCCGGCAUUUUGCAUUCAGACUCUCGUCGCUUGGCCGUUUUGGCGCUCGAAGGCGACCAAGCCCAGUGUUUUCUAGAUGCGGUUCAGAAUGUGCUUGAUAGAGGACUUUUAGCCAGCAGCCAAAACAGCAAGGCGCGAAGAUUCAUCAUCAAACUCUCAGAAUCAUGCGAUCGUCUUCCGUCGUCUUUGUUUAUCACAGGCAUCUCGGACCGGGACUCGUAUCCGUCUUUCGGCGGCGGUUUUGGGGACAUAUAUCAGGCUCAAUUCCAGGAGACCAAAGUCGCUGUCAAACAUUUGCGGACCUUCCUCCGAGAUGCAGAGCAGCGCCGGUUGCGCUUGCAAUUCUGCCGCGAGGCAUUGGUCUGGCAGCAUCUCCAGCAUCCCAACAUUCUCCCUCUCAUCGGGAUCGACCAGGAGACGUUUCCGUAUUCCCUCUGUCUCAUUUCGCCUUGGAUGCAGAACGGCACAGUUCUGAAGCAUCUGGAAGAAUACGGUCGGGGUAGUGUGAAUAAGCUUCUGCUCGACAUCGCACGAGGACUCGAAUAUCUUCACGAACAAAACAUCAUUCACGGCGAUCUUCGUGGAGCCAACGUCUUGAUUGAUGCGAGCUGGACCGCAUGUUUGGCCGAUUUCGGCCUGACCUGUUUUUCCGAUGCGACUUCAGCCACGAACGACACGACGAAUCGACCUGGGAGUGCUCGAUGGAUGGCUCCAGAGCUGUUGUAUCCGGAUCUAUUCGGUGUGAAAUUCCAGCGCACGUGCUCGACGGACAUGUUUGCGUUCGCAUGUGUCUGUCUCGAGCUCUACACGGGCAAACCGCCCUUCUCGUCUCUCAAGGAGCCGGAAGCUCUGCUGCGGGUCAUCAACGGCGAGCGGCCGCAGCGACCCUCGAAUGGAUCCGAAGAAAUGACGGACCCCAUGUGGGAGUUGGUCAACGAGUGCUGGGCUCAGGACUCGGAGAAGAGACUGAGUGCGGCCAGCGUGAUCCUCCAGAUUAGGCUAUUCUGCGAUGGACUAGGUCAGAAAGAAGCGACUAUGAUCCGGAUCCUGCAGAAUCUCUCGCCAUCUCGACGAGAUCGAUGGGAUUUCGAGCAGGGCAAGCUUAGGCCCAGGAUCAGCCUCGAGUCUUUCGUUUAUAGCGGAGGUGCUUCACAAAGCGAAGAUAGCGCAGCCAAGGCUGCCAAGCCCUGCAGGCAGCCCCUGGGCGCUGCUCCGGUCCUCUUGGCCUUUCCAUCUUUGCCUCAGAUUCCACCGUCCCCACCUACGAAUCUUAAGGCUACAAAGGCCUCCAAGACCCUACCCGUCGGGAACAUCACCGGCGAAGUCGCUAUCCAUACACCCAGGCCUAUCGACACAUCUCUUCUCCCUUCUCAGCCAUCGUCCCGCGCGAUGAUACCAUCCCCCGCCCAUCCGAUCCUCAAACGCUCACCCACUUCACCCGUCUUCGGGCCCCAUCCACAACAUCCCCCGACAGUCCACUUUCCCCCAUCCCCAUCGUUGACGCGUAUCUUCAGCGUGCAUUCCUCUGCCGCGUAUGAUCGCUCACCCAUUGUCGUGACUCCAAAUGCCUGUGCUCUUCCCGCCCGUGGUUGUCCCGGACGAACAUAUUACGACGGCAAGCCAACCAAGAAGCCCACUGCUCCUGGACCAAACGCGCACUGCCAGGGUCGGUCAUUUCACCCGCGUGCCUUGACCUGCCGGACUGAGGGCCAGGAGGAGGAGGAGAGCGACCCCGAGCGGACGCCCACCCGAACAAGUCCUUACAUAGCACUACCCGUCCAACCGCCAAUACCGCAGCCCCCGACCUCGUUUCCUAUGUACACCGCACCCGCAUCUCCGGCUUCUUACAAGUGCCUCCCAUCUUUCCCAUAUGCGCCGUAUCCUUCGUCCCAGCCUCCUCCAUUGAUCCCUGACCUGAGCUCGGAGAGUGACGAAAGCGACGGGUUCACGAGUCCUUCGCCAGAUCUGGUCGGAUUCGCUGGCGCUCAAAAGUACUCAUACCCGUUAUUCGGGAUGCCACCCCCUUCGGCGCCCUUCCCCGGCUAUAAUCACUCACAGCCGCCAAUCACCGCUGAUCCGGUGUCGUCGUCUCCGCCCUCUGAACGGAGACGCAGGCGGUCGCCGCGUCGCUCACGGACUCCCCAUCCGCGGUCGCGCGCACAGCUGGAGGAUGAUGGGUACGAAGAGGAGGACCUCCCUGGGACAUACUCGCACGCGGGCUACUUUCGCGAGAAGCCCGAGUCUCCGUCCGCCUCUCGUUCAACCGAGUGUGCCGUGCUAGGUGACGCGCCAAGGGACCUUUCUUUCGACUCUUCCAAGAUCAAAGAGAAGAAGGAAAGGAGAGAGAGGAAGGCCAGGGACCGGGCCUCGGUGUCAUCGCUCUGCCGGUCGCUGACUGGUGCGAGCUUCAGAGACGAGGAAGGGGGGUGUCUGGGCGGGUUCUGACCGGACCAGUCCACUUGCACAGUUCCAUUCUUCUCCUUCUCCUUCUUAUUCCUAUCCCCUUACUUAUCCUUAACCUACGCACCGUUUCUCGUUCCGGAAACGCCCUACUUGCCGCAUUCUCAUUCAUUCAUUUUAUUAUACCAUUACCAUACAACAAAGAAUGUAACAACACGUCGUCAACCUGCAACUGCAUUCACUCGA